AACCAAGAAACCUCAGCAUAAGCCUCCGCAUGAGAGGAAAAGAUGUCUUUACAGAAGCAUACAGGAGAGGAAUAUGCAAAGAGAAAAGAGGGAGGAGUUUGCAACAGAUCGAUUAUGUCGAGAGCUUGUGGAAUCAUUUUAAGGGCGGCAUAACAAUGAUGAGAGAUCAAUUUAGCCACAUGAACAAUUUACAGGCUGUGAAUUCGCGGAAUAGAGUCAUGGUGGUUGUAAAGCGAUUCUACUGCACAAAUAGCAAGUAUGGCAUGAAGUUGGUAGACACCCGUGCCAUUAAAACAGGGUUUGACUUGGAGACUAGUCGCUACAAUUUCCAGCUGAAGAAUUUUCUUAGGAGGUCCGAGAUCUCUGAGGCACGCCAACUGUUUGACCAAAUGCCCCGAAAAAAUACAUGCUCCUUGAACAUGAUGAUUUCCUGCUACCUCAAGUCAGGAGAUCUUUCUUAUGCUAGGGAGUUAUUUGAUAAGAUGGGUGACCGAACAGCGGUGUCUUGGACGAUCCUGAUUGGAGGUUACGCACAGAAUAAACAACCUAUGGAAGCUUUUAAUCUUUAUGUUGAGAUGCUUAGGACAGGGUUGAAACCAGAUCAUGUCACCUUUGCGACUCUGUUAUCGGGCUGUGAUGAAACAAUUACAAGAAAGGAUGUUCAUCAGGUCCAUGCUCAAAUCACUAGAUUAGGAUUUGACUCCGAUCUGGCAGUCUGUAACAGCUUAGUGGAUUCUUAUUGCAAAUCCCAAGGUCUUGAGUUAGCUUUUCAGCUCUUUAAGGGCAUGAUUACAAGAGAUACCAUUACUUUCAACACAAUGAUAACAGGGUGUUCAAGAGAAGGGUUGAAUGAACAAGCAAUAGAGCUCUUUUCAGAAAUGCAGCAUUAUGGUUUUAGGCCUUCGGAUUUCACUUUUGCUGCACUUUUACGUGCCUGUGUUGGGUUGGAUGUUACUACCGUCGGACAACAGGUCCAUGCACUAGUGAUUAAGGCUAACUUUGUCUGGGAUGUAUUUGUUGGCAAUGCGCUUCUUGAUUUUUACUCCAAGCAUGAUUACAUGGACAAUAUGAGAAAAUUCUUUGAUGAAAUGCCAGAGUUGGAUGGUGUUUCUUACAAUAUUAUCAUAACAAGUUAUGUCUGGAAUGGGCAACUAGAAGAAUCUCUCAGUCUCUUCAGAGAGUUACGAUUAAGCAAGUUCGACAGAAGAAACUUUCCGUUUGCAACUAUGUUGAGUAUAGCGUCAAAUAGACAAGAUUUGGAGAUGGGAAGGCAAAUCCACACGCAGGCAUUUGUGACAACAGCUGAUUUAGAAAUUCAAGUGGGAAAUGCCCUCGUAGACAUGUAUGCUAAAUGCGGAAGAUUUGAUGAAGCCAAUAUUAUAUUUGAAAAUUUGGCUGACAGAAGCUCUGUUGCUUGGACUGCCAUGAUUUCAGCCUGUGUUCAACAAGGCCUCAAUGAUGAAGCCUUUAAGCUGUUCAAUGAAAUGCGUAGCAAUAGUGUUUGUGGGGACCAAGCAACUUUUGCAAGUACUGUGAGAGCCUCAGCAAACUUGGCUUUGCUUUCACUCGGUAAGCAAUUGCACUCGUGCAUAAUCAGAGCUGGAUUCAUGUCAAAUGUUUUCUGCGGCAGUUCACUCCUAGACAUGUAUGCUAAAUGCGGAUCUUUGAAGGAUUCAAUCGUAAUUUUCAAAAAUAUGCCUGAGAGGAACACAAUCUCGUGGAAUGCAAUGAUCUCAGCAUAUGCUCAGAAUGGAGAUAGCAAAGCCACUCUGAGGUCCUUCAAAGAGAUGGUAGAAUCGGGUGUUCAUCCUGAUCAUGUUAGCUUCCUUGGUGUUUUAACUGCCUGCAGCCACUCUGGGUGUGUCGACGAAGCACGGCAGUAUUUCAAUAUCAUGACUCAGACUUACAAACUCACCCCACAGAAAGAACACUACGCAUCUUUGGUUGAUGUGCUCUGCAGAAGGGGACGAUUCAAGGAAGCAGAGGCAUGGAUGGCUCAAAUGCCAGUUGAGCCAGAUGAAAUCAUGUGGUCAUCAAUUCUAAACUCAUGCAGGAUCCAUAAGAAUCAAGAGUUUGCUAAGAGAGCUGCUGAUGCACUUUUUAACCUCGACAUGCUUAGAGAUGGUGCUGCCUAUGUUACUAUGUCUAAUAUUUAUGCAGAGGCAGGGGACUGGGAACAUAUGGCAAAGGUAAAGAAGGCGAUGAGAGAACGCGGAGUUCGUAAAGUGCCUGCUUAUAGUUGGGUAGAAGUUGGACGUAAAGUUCAUGUCUUCACUGCCAAUGACAGGACACAUCCACUGAAUGAUGAGAUAAGAAAAAAGAUUGACACUUUGGGGAAGCGAAUGGAAGAGGAAGGCUACAAGCCUCACUUAAGUUGUGCCCUUCAAAAUGUGAAUGAUGAGAUGAAAGCAGAAUCACUUAAAUAUCACAGUGAAAGGUUGGCAAUUGCAUUUGCGCUCAUCAGUAUGCCGGAGCGAACGCCUAUACUUGUGAUGAAAAAUUUAAGAGCUUGUGUAGAUUGCCAUGCUGCAAUAAAGGUGAUAUCAAAAGUUGUUCAACGGGAAAUUACAGUCAGGGAUUUUAGUAGGUUCCAUCAUUUUAAAGAUGGGGCUUGUUCAUGUGGGGAUUACUGGUGACAUGCAUCAAGAAGCAUUACAGUUUGAAGUGACUUCAUUUAUUGAUAAGGAGGACCAUUGAGCCAUCUACAUGACCUUCCAACUGAAAGUUUGUAGCCCCAUUUCAUCUUCCUGGCCAGUACAAAAGAGAAGUGCUAAACCUGAGUUGCCACUCAAAUGGAUAGAAAUGGUACGAUGGGACCGGACAUAUAAUCUCUGCUGAUGGUACGAUUCAAGUUAUAUGCAUGCAUUUGCUUGACUUUACAGUCACUCUGAUGGCCCCGUCAUCUCUUUAACAAACAAGCCUCGUUUCAUCGCUUGGUUUCCCUGAUUCAUAAAGACGGCACCAUUAGUUCGCGUAAAUUAUGGACAUGGAUGAAUUUCCGAAGAUGCUGGUCAGAUACAGAAUACCGUGCUUCACGGAUGCAUUCACUGGUGGAAGGCCACUAUUAAUAUAACUUCAGCAUAUUCUGAUAGACGGUCUAUCUCAGCAUUUGAAUCAUUUGCUCCAUAACACUCUGCAAGGAAAAUCUACUGCUGCCGGACUGUAUAGCUGCCUUUCACACACAGGGUAAGUUCUUUGAACAAUCCCUCAUCAACAACCAAUACAAAUCAAAUAGAACAUUUUAUGUGAUGCCUAAAGAACAUAUUCAUGUUAAUCAAACAUAUUCCUGGAAAGUAAAAAGAAAAUCUUUGCCCAUCACUUCAUGCAAGCCUGAACUUCUAGGACUUGGUGCAAUUGGUAAAAAACUACAAAUCUUGUUUGGAUUGACAUUGCUUGUGCAGUCAGCAAAAGUAAAUUGGUUCUUUUUUAUCCUUCUCACACUUGAUUUGCAUAUUGGCCCUUAAGCUCUUUGGAAGUGCAUAGCUUUGGGAUUUUGGCUCUUCCAUCACCUUAUUUGUUCUCAAGUUCUCCUGAUUAUGUGAAAGCAUUGCAAAAGCCGAGUUUGCAAAUCUUGGAAUGACAAUUGCAAACUGAUGGAGAUCAAACAGGAUUUCUAAAGCUAUAAUGCAGUGGAUGAAAGAUCAAAAUCAUGUCAUAUACCAUUUAUGAGAAUUACACUGCACUCGAGCCGUGAUGUUUUAUAUUGUAGAUUCCGAAUUGGGGGUAGAAUUGUUUGGGACUAACGAGAGAAUUUGUCCUGUAAAAACAUGAUUGCAGAAAGGAUCUUUUUGCAAUAUGGCCAAACCGUAUGGAUGUCUAUGUAAUUAUAGUUUAAACUUU